AUGGCGCCUGCACCUGAGUCAGCCCCUGCCAGUUCCGCCCCAAAAGCUGCGGACGAGACCCUCCCCGCCCAGCCGACAGAGGUUGCGGUGGAACCCCCUGCGCAGCCGGCUCCAGCGGACACAGCACCAGUCGAGCCCCCACUAGCACCGCAGCCGGCACCGGCCCAGGCGGCACCGGCCCAGGCGGCACCGGCCCAGCCAGCACCGGCCCAGCCAGCGCCCACGACGUCAACCCCAGAGGCGACCACGCCCGGUGCGACGCCGGUGGAGCCACCUGAACCGCCAGAGCCGCAGGCACCGGCAGAGCAGCCGGCGGAGCCCGCGGCGGAGACGGCCGUGCCCAUGGAGGUCACAACGGCACCGAUGCCGUCGGUGGCAGAUGUGGAAGCACAGAAUCGCUGGGCUGAGCUGGAGAACGCCUUUGUGGCAUUAGAGGCAGAACGAGAUGGAUUGAAGAAAGAGGUGAAGCUCCUCCGACAACAAUGCCUCGAGGAGAACCUGAAGGACGCCCCCUUCGCCUCUCGCGACGACGGAUCUGGAUUCUCCGGAUUCGGCGUUGCUUGCAUUGGAAGAGAUGAGCUUCAAGGGGGGUCCAAUGCAGUCCAGGACAGCAUCAAACCCCACCUCUUGACAGCCCACUACUGCCCCUCCGAUGAUGAUGGCCUGGUGGUGCUGAGCGGUUGUGUGACCACCACACAGCCAAUGCAGAACAAGGACCAAUUUACCACUCGCCUGACAAAUGUGCCGUUGUGGUACGCACCACGUUGCACGUGGCAAUUCGUGGCGCCCAUCGCUGUGUCACGCUUCGAAGGCAUCCGACAGUGCAGCGCCAGUGUCUGGGUGAAUGACACGGACCGACAUUUGUACAUGAGGUUUCACAAGAAUGCCACACCGAUGGUCGUUCACUUCUCCGGCUUGGCGUUUAGCACCCGCCGGGAAGAGAGCGCCGAACUGUCCUUGGCUCCAAACAAACUGAGAAUCUCGAAGAACACGGCGGAACUUCCUGCGGUUGAUGCCUGGAAGGAGCUGAGAAUGCUGCGGGGCACCUUUGCUGUGGAGAAACUCGGCACCGUCGAGAAGGUGGCAAUUCUGCCCGAAGGUCAUCGCCCCAAGCGCGAGGUGCGAUGCCUGGCGCCGCUGCUGAUCAAUCCGGAUCUCCAGGACAAGACUUCGCAAGAGGAGGACUAUGUUGGGAUGGAAUCCAUUGGCAUCACCGUGCAGACCGAUGGCAGUGUCUUGGUCCAGGGUGGAUACGUGCAUUCCGUCGACAAGAAAGGUCACAUGCGGAGGUUGGAGCAGAAGAAGAGGGGUCGCGUUUGCUUGGACGGCGUCCGCUUCCUCACCUGUGCGGGGUCUCCUCUGAAUGUCUCCCCUCUCUUGGAGACCAAGCAGAACACCAACAACUUCACCGCGAACAGUACAUUGAGGGACAAGUUUGCGGCGAACACUCGCAGUGCAUCCUACAAGAAAAUGGGUGAGGUGGUCGUGCUGGAAGGUGCAUUGGAGUGGGAGAAGCCCUUGCGGAACACCAAGUUGGCCUUGGCUCGUCUCCCAGAUGAUUGCCAGCCGGGCAAGCGGCUCUCCUUUUUCACUCGCGGCCGCUCUGAGGAGCGCUGUCGAGUGGACGUUGACCAGUGGGGCCGAAUCUUCUGCCCAGAGUCACCAGGCGUUUGUGGCGUGGAGCUCAGCGGCAUCAUUUUCGUAGCCUCGAGCACGCCAGAGUCGCAAGCCCCCAGGGACCAUCAAUGGGACAAUUUGGAUCUCCAGUAUGCCCAAGCACUCGAGGAUGCAGCCAUCCACGAGAACAAGCAAGUGGAGGAGUUCAUUUCACGAUGCAACAAGCACGAAUGGGAGCGGCUCAAAAGCAGGAUCAACACUGGCCACAACAUGAAGCUGCCACUGGGGCAUCUGGAGCCUCGCAGUGGUUCGAGGAUAGACACCUUCAACUUCGGCUGGUACAAUUACGCGCGGAUAGCCUGGGAGAAGAUCAAGGAGGACCUACGGAAGGAGUUCGGCAUCACCACUCCGCAGCAUCUGUUUCAGCUCCCGAAAGCGAAGCUCCAAGAGCUACUCAAGUUACUCGAGUGUAAGAAAGCCUGGGAGGAGAACAAGGAGCACCUACGGAAGGAGUUCGGCAUCACCACUCCGCAGCAGCUGUUUCAGCAGCUCCCGAAAGCGAAGCUCCAAGAGCUACUUGAGUGUAAGCCGAAGCUGGACGAUCGAGAUGUGAAGCGUUUGUUGGAACUGCAAGAAGAGUAUCACAAGUCGUGGGUUCUGAAGCGCCAACCUGGCAUGACCUACAAAUACCUGGAGGAGAUUGCGCAGGAGAUCGCUGAAGCGAUGAUCGACCGCUGGGAUUUGAUUGCACAGGUGAAAGGAGUCUUGGACAACGAUUUCAAGCUCCCUGCUGCCUUGGAACAGUUUUGGCCACGCAUUCGCAGAAAAGACCAACCGGGCAUGAAGAACCUGAAGAAGGAGAAUGGUGACAUCGAGAAGUACGAGCAGAUCAGGCAAUUCUUUUACUACCACGAGACGAAUGGCAACAGCAUGACACAUUGCAGCUUGAGAGGAAGCACUGAUACCUUCACCGAUACAGGCAAAUGGUUCUUUCCAGACUCCGUUGGCAUUCAAGAGGAGCUCUUUCGAAACAUUGCGUGGCUCUUUGACAAAGAGAUCUACCAUUACAUCUCCGAGCGGCAAACGCCUCGAUUUCCCUUUAUUGAGGACUUCGACAUCCAGGCUGAUGUCGAUUACACACAAGCGCCUCCAGGCAAAGAUCGGCCGGAUCCGCCUGACCAUCUCAUCAUGGAGAAGCCCAGGAGGGAUGGAAAUGGAUGCGUCGACGGAGACCCAGGAGAGCUCAUGAAGAAGAGGGCCGCGUGCAUCCAUAAACUCUAUUCGCAGUUUGAAGAACUCACUUGCCUGGUGUACUCCGCUUCCGGCUACAACAAGGGCAAAGAAAAGUUGAAGACCUCCUUCCACUUGGUUUGGCCACAGUUGGUGGUGGAUUCGGAUAGUGCGCCCUGGAUCCGUGAGAUCACUUUGAUGAUCUUCAAUCAAGAAUCGAAGAUCAAGGGUUCAUAUUUGCAGAGGCUGAGAGAACAUUUGUUGGGGCUUGAAAAAGGAGGGAAGGAAGACAAAAGCAACGAGUGGGAGAUGGUCUUUGACAAGACCACCAUCAAUGCUACAAAUGGGCUGCGUUUGCCUUACAAUGAUAAAGCCUCCUUGAAGCCUUUGCCAGAAGAGAAGGCCCGCAUCGAACGGGGGGGAAGUCAGCAAGUCCGCGGCCAAGAAGCAUCGAGUCUUGGAGGGAAGGCCAAGCAAAGCCAUCGGCAAGAUUCGCUUCACCUUUGGCAGAGACGAACGGGCAAACACUGA